GCACUAUAGUUUAGCCAUGUCAAUUCAGUUUUGCUUUUACUUUGAAACGUUUCAGUUUUAUCUUUUCUAUAACGAAACGGUCUAAGGAUGCAUUCCAUUCAAAUUCAUAAAGUUAUCGGUCUGCUAAUUUCGACAUUUUAUCUUAUUGGCGCCUGGCAUCGCGGAGAUAAGCCUACGUUUAAAGAGAUACGGAUGAAACUAUUUUACUGCAUCUAUUACUUUCUCUUCUUAGUAGCAUCGGUGGGCGGAAUAAUAAAAAACGAAAAGAAAGACGACUCGAUAUUCUUGGUGGAAGUAUCAAUGGGAAUUUUAAUUGUGUGGAUAAACCUUUCGCUUGCAAUUUGGAAGCAGAACGAAAUUCUUAAUUUUCUGAACGUAGUUUGUGUAUUCUCGAUUCGAAACGGAGAUGACUGUCUCACCUACAAUGCAAAAUUGAGAGGGUUGAUAAAAUUUGCGUUUGUGUUUUUGAUUUCUUUAGCUUUUGCUAGUUUCUCGUGCGUAUUUUCGCCGCUUGUAGGAAGUGAGAAAAUCUUAUUUAUUAAAAUUGUGUUUCCUUUGGACUAUAAAAACAGCGAAAUUGCUUUCUGGAUUGCCACAGCUUUUCUUUUUACUGAAUUUAUUUUAACAGUAACAUUUAGCAUUUGCACCGUGUUAAUUUGGUAUUUACUGUUGGUUUGUGCUCUGCGAUAUGAAGUGCUGGGAGGUGACUUGAAGAAUAUGGGAAGAGUUAGUAGCGAAAAUGGAAAUGUAAAGAUGACGCAAAAGCAAAUCCACAUCAAAUUUUUGGAAGAUCUUAAGACCUCAAUCAAAGCUCACCUCCAUAUAAAGGGAUUGGUAGAAGAUGUGGAGUUGUUCCUCUCAGACCUAUUUUUCAUUCAGUUUGGCACCAGCGCUCUGUGUAUUUGCGGGGCGAUUUAUUGUGUGGCAUUUGAUGUCGGUGAAACUCUAUUGGAACGGUACAUCUAUGUUUUUGUGGUGUUUUACUACAUUUCCCAUUUGUAUAUGAUCACAAACUAUGGCAAUGAGAUUAUGUUAUCAAGCAAUCGUCUCUCUUACUGCUUAUUUGAAUCGGACUGGUAUAACCAGACACAGUCAACCAAAAAGUGCGUCAUCAUUUUUGGUGAAUAUUUAAAGCAACCACAAACGAUAGUGAUUGCAAAACUGUACCCACUAGAUUUGACGACAUUUACAAGGAUUUUGAACUCAGCCUACAGCAUGUUCAAUAUUUUAAAAAGUUUUCAGUAAAUGAAACUUAUGCUAAAUGAGUGCUAUAACUUAGCACUGCAACAUGUUAACACAUGUUAGAAUAUUAUAAAACACAAGGUUCUGAAUUGUA